GCGACAUCUGCCAAGAUUAACGAGAUGACGAGGAUAAUGGCGAGCAGAAUAGCAAGGUUACAAAAGUGUUUUCAUACGUCUUCUGUGGUUUAUCACGAUAACCCACUCGGCCUGCCGGUCAAGGGCACACCACCCACACUCCGCAUGGCCCGCGGACUACCGACCAAAAGUCCCAUCAAGGGCGUCAAGCAUGUCGUUGCGGUCGCGAGUGGGAAGGGAGGCGUAGGAAAGUCUACUACAGCAGUGAACCUCGCAGUCGCAUUGGCAUCCCAAAACAUAAGUACAGGCCUCCUCGACGCAGAUCUUUUUGGUCCUUCCAUCCCCCGCAUGAUGAACCUAACCUCUACUCCCGAAACAACGCCCCAAAACCUCUUACGCCCACUCACGAAUUACGGAGUCAAAUGCAUGUCCAUGGGGUUCCUGAUAGACCGUGAUGCACCCAUCGUAUGGCGCGGGUUGAUGGUCAUGAAGGCUUUGGAGCAGCUGUUACGGCAGGUUGAGUGGGGGGUUGAUGUUCUUGUUGUGGAUAUGCCGCCUGGGACCGGGGAUACGCAGUUGACGGUGUCGCAGUCGGUGGUGGUGGAUGGGGCGGUCAUUGUGUCGACGCCGCAGGAUGUUGCGCUUGCGGAUGUGAGAAAGGGGGUGAAUAUGUUUCGAAAGGUUGGGAUACCGAUUUUCGGCCUCGUCCAAAACAUGUCCUUAUACCAAUGUCCAAACUGCUCACACACCUCCCACAUUUUCGGAAACCAAGACCACCUCGUCUCCACCGCCCAGUCCAUGGAUCUCGACAUCUUGGCUAAUAUCCCACUUCACCCUGAUGUAUGCGCAACAUCAGAUGCGGGGACACCUAUUGUUAUUGCCCAGCCUACGAGUGUGCAUGCGGAGGUAUAUCGAGGGUUGGCGAAGAAGGUGGCGGAAAAGUUGGGAUUGUAGUCUAGUCAAGAUAGUCAAUAUUUGCAUAGUUGAGUGAGGACGAGUGGAAAUGCUUAUUUAUUUUCGUAACUGUUACUUUUAUUUAUUUUGGGUAAUGGGGCUUUUUGAUUCUGUGCAAAUAAACACACAAUUUUAUAAAGCUCUGGCGAGUCGAAAAAAAAAAGUUUAUAUAUGUCCAU